GUGCCGCAAGCAGAGGGCGCACCAAGCUCGUAUAUCUUGCACACAUCUGGAAAAGGAGGAUUGCGCGAGGCGGCCAUGUUCCCAAAGGGCCCACGAUUCCCCGCUACGAAAGUGUCAGACGUCCCAGGACCAAACGCAUACAAUCCUCAAGACCCAGAAUAUGACGCCUACAAACGCGGAGCCUUCCUGGAGAAGACAAAUCGCUUUGCAAAAGAUGAAGCAGAUGACGUUCCCGGACCCAGCACCUACAAUACGGAUAGCAAGGGCACCGAUGGCAAGCCAUCUCUCGGUAGCAAGACCACCGCGGACCGUUAUGCGAUGCUGCAGCGCAAAGUUGAGGAUCUGGAAAGAGUGCAUGCAGAAGGGAAGAAAGCUCAUCGUCUAGAAGUCGAGCGCUUGAAGCUCGAUUUGAGUCGGGCACAAAAGUCUGCGACCGAGCAUUCCGAACGUGCAGACAAACUGAAAAAGCACAAUGAUAUGCGUGAAAGUAGAGUGCAGGAGCUCAAGAAGACCACGUCGGCGGAGCAGGGCGAGCUUCGCGAGUUGCGGACGAAAUUGAAGGCUAGCGAACACGAGCGUGCUCAACUGUCCUCAAAGCAAGGCGAGGCAAGUGAAGCGAGGAAAGCUCUUCAAGCGGCAGAAACGAGGAGGAGAGAAGAUGUGCGGGAGCGGGACAAGAAGAUUUCCGAUCUCGAGAAGACUCUCAGCACAGAGAGGAAGAAACGCGAGCUGGUGGAGGCAAGAUUAGCAGAAGUGAAGGGAAAGGUUGACGGAGAGGUGCAGGAAUCCCGAGCGGCAGUGUCUGAUCUGAAGGCACGACUGCAAGAGUACGAAGCGCAAGCCCGAAGCGCCAGGACUGCAUUGGAGAGUCUCCAAGCGCAAACUGCGGACAAGGAAGAAGAUAUGCUGGAGAAGCUCGAGCAACACCGAGCACUUCUCACCCGUGUAGCACAGGAGUACGGUCGGUUGGCCUCUGCUACUGUCCUAAAGGCACAGCAUGAUCAGCUCAAACACGAAAGCGCCAUUCUCCAAAUGCGCAUUCUCAAGCUAGAGCGCAAGCUGGCUAAUACAGAAGGUCAAGUCAUCGAGCUCGCCAAUCUCGUACGUCAGACAAGAGAAGAAAACCAAUUCCUAUCUGCUCGCUUGCAAGAGGUCGAUCAAGAAGCGCUAUAUUAUUCCCAGCGGCUCGCGGAAGUGGCGAAGGAAGGUCUCCCAAGUCCAUCAUACCCUUACCAAACUCUUGAGGCUGACAUGGCUACAAUUGCGGAGCAACUACGCGAUUCAGAAAUUGUUAUGCGCAGGGCUAUUCACGCUGACCUAAUCGCAUGGGCGGAACUUGAUCGACUCAGAUGCCAAAGUGCCAUAGCACAUAGCUCAACGCUGCUCGCCGCCUUAGACGGCGCUGAUAAGCAAGCUCAGAAGCUCGCCGCUGAGCACCACGCGGUGGAGAAUAGAUGUACGGAGCUGAACAGCAUGCUGGAGACCUUGCGUGCGGAACAUGCCGCUGUUGAAGGACGUCUCGCGGAGACUAGCACUGCUCUCGACAUCUCUAAAGCAGCAGAAGUGGACCUGAAGAGACAGCUCGAAGAUGCACGCGUUCGCGCUCUGACAGAUAUGUCGAAAGUGCAACAGAUGCUACAGAAGGAGAGAGAAGGGAGCAAGCGGCUUGCUGAGGCUGCACACAAGAGUCGUAUUGCGGAGGAAGCUCUCCAGAUGGAGAUCGAACAACUAUCUGCGGAAUUGGCGGAAGCAGAAAGGUAUCAGGACGCGUACAAUAGCCUCGUCGAGGAGGUCGACGCCCUCGUCGCACGCAAUGCGCUGGCGGAGGAGGAAGCUGCACACCUCAGCAGGUUUAAUGCCGAGAUCGUUGGUCACAACAACCCAGCACAGCGUAUCAUGUAUGUUGAAAAAAUCCGGAGGGAGAUGCACGAGACAAAGCAGGAACUCCUCAUGUGCACGCGUGAGAGGGAUAGCAUCCAAAUGCAGAACGAAGACCUUCAGCACGAGCUGUUGAUGUACAAAUCGGUCGCGGUGCCCACUGAAAUGAAGCCACGGACGAUGGUCACACGCAUUGCGCGUACGACCAUGCCGAUACGGAAUGAUAGUCUCAACUGUAGGGCCACAGCCGAGGGACCCGUGAGGGAUGGCCAAGUACAUACAUCAGGUAUGAGAAAAUUCGAGACGGCACCCGAGGUCGAGGACAGGCCCGGCGACAUGACACUGGAGGAGAUCAUGUAGGAUACUGGGAGAGGAUCCCUGGUGACAGUUCUCGCAUACAGCGUGGAUACCAUGGCUGUCGCUUUUAUGCUACGAUCUAACAUACCCAAUCUGCCUCGCUCUGAAAAAUGGUUGAUUCCAUGGCAUUAUUUCUUCUGUCCGAAACUUGUCAAUCUUCCAGCCGGGAAUAACAAGCACUAUUCAAGCAAUCGAACAUAGGAGUAGCAGACGGAGGUAGAAUUGGACACCGGAAGUCCCACCAAAACGAGAGAAUUGCGCUGCAUACAUCGCAACUGUGCAAUCAGUCCAACACCGCGUACUUCUUCAGCUGCGAUGGGAUGGCAUCUUCGAGG